ACUCCCGGCCUUAGGCUUUGAUCGGGACUGUCCGCUGGCUCCAGAGUCGGACGUUUGGGGCUACGACCUCUGCCGCUACCCCGCUGCUGGGUAAGGAGCUCGCGGGUCUCUCCAAGAGUCCUGCCCGCCCCACUUCCGCAUGACCAAGUCCCAGGCCCGGCUCUGGCCUCCUUCCCUUCUACCCUUCUUCCAGCAGAUCUCCUUCCUGAUGGGUGAGACAGCGUCCAGGUUUGGCUCUCAGAAUAGUGAGAGCAAAUCUAUCCUUUCCGGAGACCAAGCUGUUGCUAAUGAAGCCUCCAGUUAUUGUAGCAUCAAUGGCAGCAAGUCCAUUAUGUCUUGUGUGCCUUGUGCAGGCUCAGCUGACUCAAGCUUUGUGACCUGCCCCACCUGCCAGGGGACCGGGGAGAUCCCAAGUGAGCUAGAAAAACAGCUGGUGGCCCUCAUUCCAUAUGGGGACCAGAGGCUGAAGCCCAGGAGAACGAAGCUGUACGUUUCCCUGGCAGUGAUGACCUGUCUGCUAAUGUCAUCCCUCAUCUUCUUCUUUCUGUUCCCCCGCUCUAUCGAGGUACAACCAGCUGGGCUCAGCUCUUCAGUGGUGGCCUUUUCUGACAAUGUUAUCUUCCUCAAUGUGACGAAUGUCCUCAACAUUACCAACAACAACUACUACCCCGUCACUGUGACCCAGCUCAGCAUCGAGGUCCUCCACUUGUCACUCGUUGUGGGGCAGAUGGAAGAAAGCAAACUUUUACACAUCGGCCCUUUGAGCAGUGAACAGAUACUCUAUUCAGUAACCAGCAAGAUAGCGGAUGAAAACACAUACAACAUCUGUACCUGGUUGAAAAUCAAAGUCCAUAAUAUACUUCAGCACAUCCAGGGUACCCUGACCUGCUCCUAUCUGAGCCAUACAGAACAACUGGCUUUCCAAAGCUACAUCUACGUGGACUGUAGGGGGAACACAUCGCUCCCUCACUGGCUGGUUCCUCACCCACCAUGACGUUGCCUGCUUGCUCACGCUCCCUGCUCGCCUGCUGUCCUGUUACUGCCUUCAUAUGCCAAAGGACCCGAUUCCAUUGAUUAUUAUUGGGGGGUUUCUUGUCCAUGAAUGGAGAACCCAGCUUUGCUUUUCCUUCCCCACCCCCUGAUGGCCUGUGGAAAACAAGGCCGUGGUGGUGCCAGGAGCUGCCAACAGUGAUUUUAACCUGUCCCAAGGGCCUCUCACCAGACCAAAUGGCACCCAGGAGAGAAUGCCGGCCUAAGGGAUUUAUUCUCCAGUUCAGGGUCUCUGUCCUGGUGGCCACUCCUUUUCCUGCUCUCCCACAGAAAAACACAGGUGUCCUGCCCUUCACACACUUCCAAACUUUUUUUUUUUAAACCAAAAUUCUGCACUGAGAUGAAGACACAAUGAUAGGUUAAUUGCAUGUGGAGACAGUUGUGGUUUAAUGUGACUUUUUUUUUAAGCAUGUGCACUUUCAAUUUGCUUCUUCCUGCUAAGUGGGAGGAAGGGCUUUGGGGUCUAAAUAUACUUCAGACUAUGGAGAAUUAGGGAGCCCCUUUUCUUCGUGGUGGAAUCAUGUGCCUAUUUAAAAAUCUUGGUAACGGAUCUUGGGGAAAAGUUAAAGGAGAGAAAAAAUCGUCCUGCAUUUGUAUUUCUCCUGGGCUCAUAUCUGCUGGAUUGCCUCAUGUAAGAGAAACCCUAUGAAUUUUCUUACUGUUAACCCUUGCCCUGUGUCUCUGGAGCAUGUGCUAAAAACCCCCAAGCAUAAAUCAUGUGAGAGGAUUAGAAAGAGAACACAGCCAGGACCUGUCUUUACCCUGGUACUUUGUACUUGGUCGUGAAAGGGGCAGAGCUGGCCAGUAAUUCUCUGCACCCAGGCUGCUGUAACUUGGAGGGGAGGGGAGGCAGCCCAGAAGUAUUCUCCACAGCCCACUGGUUCCUAACUGCCCACUGUUCCUCACUAAAUGUUCUCUCUCCCUUUCGACUUCAGCCUUGUAAAAACAGCCGCAUUCACUCCCUCUGAAGCAGGAGAUGGAAGUCAGUCAUGAACAUGGCUUGGGGACAAGGGCUCCCCUGGGACUUCCACAAAGGCCAGGGGAGGCGUAGCCUUCACGGCUUUUGAACUGAUGCUGAAGCCCCUUUCAGAAUAUAAAAGGGAGGCCUCCCAGAUGAUGACAAGCAAGCAGGCAAGCAGGCCUGUUUGGGGGUUUUCUCUCUGUUCUGUCUGAGAGGCUAACCUCAGUGGUAGAGAUGGAAGUUUUAUUGCCCCUAACUCACCUUGAGCUCGUCCCUGAGCCUGCCAAGGAAAGAAAGGCUGUUACGGGUUUGGUUUUUUUUUUUUGGGGGGGGGGCGGAUUUUUUGGAGGGGAGGAGGGACGAGUGAAUCCAUCCUGCCCCAGCACUUCAAAAUAGAUUCGUUAGAUCAUGAAGCAGGACACAAGGGGCUGUUGAAGACAAUCUCUCUUCUCAGGAAUGAGUCUGGCCCUGCCUUAUUGUGUCAGGGCUUCCUCCCUCAGACUC